CACGAGACAUGCCUGAGCGCCCCACGUGUUCUAUGGCCGUGGUUGUCUCGUGAGGCAAGCGACGCGCCACAAGUAAACAAGUGCAGGCCUCAGUCAGCUGACAACGGUUCGGCGUGACCUACUGUACCCACAAAUUAAACAACAAUGUCAAAAAGUGUACCUCCACUACUGGAAUUCUAAGACCACAUCCAAUGUAUUAGAAUCCUCGUGAGUGAGUCAGUAAGCAGCAGGAUGUCUGGGGAGGGAGAGCAGAAAGCAGCUGACGGCAGUGGUGGCAUUGGUGGUGGUGGUGUGGAGGAAGUCCCCGACCCAGAACUGGACAGUCUGCUGGAUGAUGCUUUGCAAGACUUUGUUCAACCUAAGGUGCCAAACCCUACCCAGGCUUCCACAGCCCCUGCCUCAGCACCCCUUGGCACAGACCUGGCCUCCCUGGUGACUGCAGCAGGCAUCACUGCAGCAGUGGGUGGUCCAGGUGGCCAAGAAGGGCAAGCCAAGCAAGGGGAAAUGUGGACAGAGGAAUUUGUGCAGCAAGCCACAGCACAGUUUGAGCAGACCAUGCGGUUACUCAUGCAGCAACAGCAGCAACAACAGGAAGAGAAAGAGAACCCAGUGGUGGCAGCAACAGCCACCACCACCCAGGCAUCCAGCUCUCCAGCACAGUCAUCAGCUGGGGCACCUGAAGUUGACCUCUCCUCCAUGGCUGCACAGUUUGCCCAGUUUGCUCAGAUGGCAACCAAGUCAGCGGAAGAGGCAAAGUCUGACGCAGACUUCACCCAGUGCCUGGCAGACACUCUCAAGCAAAUAGGAGACAACACCGAGCAGCUUCAGAACCCUCCAAGUGCAGAUGACCUGACCAAGAUGUUUGAGAAUAUGGGCCUGGGUGGGGGUGAGGCAGCUGGGGGUGAGGGGGGACUAGGAGCCUUGUUCCCACUGAUGCAGGCAAUGUUGGAGAAUGUGCUGUCCAAGGAGGUGCUGUACUCACCCAUGAAGGACAUCACAGACAAGUACCCCGACUGGCUAGCAGACAACCGUGCCAACCUGCCAGAAGAGGACUUCACGCGCUACAGCAAGCAGUAUGACAUCAUGAAGCAGGUGGUUGACUUGUAUGAGGAGGAGACUGAGGGAGACUCAGAGGAGGUGCGGGGACAACGGUUUGAGAAGAUCAUGUUGUCCAUGCAGAAGCUGCAGGAGUUGGGUCAGCCACCCAAGGAUUUGGUGGGUGACAUGGGGCCAGUCAUGUCCUUUGACCCAUCAGGCAACCCUGUCCUGCCUGACCUGUCCUCAGUGCUGGGGGCUGCUGGGGUGGUGCCUGGAGCAGGUGGGGAUGGCAGUGCCCCGCCUGGUGAAGGACAGCAGGGGGAAGAGUGCUGUGUCAUGUGAUCCCCACCACCACCACCAUCACCACCACCACCACCACCACCCCUUCUGACCCCCCACAGCUAGGCCUGCACCAGUGCUUUCCAGAGCUGGUUGGCUCACAAAGGUGUAGUUGAAUCUGUUUGGACAAGAGAGUCAGUGAGUUGCUUUUUCCAUUAAAGACAAAAUUAUGUUCAAUAAAUCUGCCUUAUAAUUAUAUAUAUUCAUUGAAUGUGUUAAAUAUUUCUGAAAUUGUAGACAUCCUUUACAUUGUGCCAAUGAAUUAUUAAUAGAAAAUUAUUUAUUAAACAGGCAUUGGUAGGUCAUUAAUAUAACUGGGUACAUCUUGAAAAAUUCCAUUGUAAAAAAAUAUUAAAAAUGUUUUAAUAUUUUAGUAGACAAGAAAUAUUUAGUAGGGCUGUAUACAAGAAUUGAGUGGUCAGUGGUGAAGUCUGAUAAUACAUCCCUAAUGCAAGCCUGUGGUGAAAUGCUCACAGGCAGCUGGUGACCAGCUGCCUGCACUUCUGGUGUCUGUCAGGAAGCACAGCCUCUCUGCUGUGGUCCAGGUGGUCUCAUCCCUCACACAAGAAGAGUUAAAGGUACAUGCCACUGUUCCUUUUGAGGAAACCCACUCAUAUAGUUGUGUUCCUGAAAGUAAUACAAUAUUUAGAUUAAACAAACUGGUUCAUGUGGCAAUCAGGGCAUUAUAGCUUAUUUCCACAUUAGUUGACAUUGAAAUCAUACCAUUUUGUAUAUAGUAUUACUUACUAUUUAUCUGCAAGAUUUGUAGACCAUUUGUACACAAUCCCAGCCAUGUUUUUACAGAGUUAAGAGUGAUGUUUUUCACUUGAGUGUAUAACUUAUAUCUUUGCAGCAUUUAUUGUGGAGCCCUCUGUCUCAAACUGCUUGAAGUGAGAAGGUUUAGACUGCAGCAAGGUGGAUUGGUGAAUAUCAUAAUUACCCUCCAGCAUCAUCAUGCAGCUGUCACAAGGAAUUGUUCAGACCAACACAAGCAGUGGCUAAUUGGAGACAUAAAAUUUUCAUUUCUCACAAACUGCAGUAAUCAUCAUCAUGGAUUGUGACACCAUAGUUUUACUUGAGGACAAAGUCUGCUACACAUUUCUAAACAAAACAGGAAUACGUUGGCUAGUUGGCAAAUGACGUCAUCACCUCAUGACAGCGUUGCCAAGUUCAUGUGACCUCGGGUGGCAAAAAUAUGUCAGUCUUUGAUGCUAAGUACAGGAGGAGAGUCAAGCAAUGUGGUGCACUUUACAUCCUAAACAAAAGGCUUUUAGUUUACUAAGAAAGCUCCAGAGGUUCUCUGCUGUAUAUUUGAAUAGGUUUCAUCCACAGCCUGUCAAUCCAAAGUAAAUAUUACAAAGCAGAAGUUGCAAGACCACAGCCCACAGGUGGCAUGUCUGCUGUAAUGUAUGAAGUUUUUCACUUUUCUGGCCCGGUUUGGGCAGUGGCAUCCUACUCCAGUGUUAGGGUCCCAAUCAUUUAAUUUAUUAAUUCAUUUCAUGUUGGUGAAACAUGACACACAGCAUCACCCUUGUGAGCUCUCUCUCUCUCUCUCUCUCUCUCUCUCUCUCUCUCUCUCUCUCUCUCUCUCUCUCUCUCUCUCUCUCUCUCUCUCUCUCUCUCUCUCUCUCUCUCUCUCUCUCUCUCUCUCUCUCUCUCUCUCUCUCUCUCUCUCUCUCUCUCAAUAAUUCUUGAUAUCUUUGUGUUCAUGUUAAAUUCAGAAAACAUGAGAAAAAUGUACUGCUCACACCCUAGAAGGUAAGUAUAUCACAAAAUGAAUAAUUUAUUGAAACAAAAAUAUUCAAAAGAACUACCUUGGCAGUUUGUUUAUGAAGGUGAAGGUGAAGGCUUUGGAGCUCAUAAGUUCACAUUUUGGUAUUCUACACUAUAUGACAAGUGAGGUUACAUUGUUGAAGACAAAUUGUUUAAGCAUAAAAAAAAAAAAAAUCACUAAUCUCACAAGCCAGAUAAGGAAGGGAUCAGUGGAAAGAGCACCUUGCAGAUUAAAAAAUAUAAUGAAAUAAAGAUUUUCUUACACUAAACAAGUUAGGGCUGCAAUGCUGAAGACAAAAACUUCUAAAACAAGGGAAAGAAUAUCACCCAUCACAUAAUUAGCCAAAUGUUAUUAGGAAUCAAUGGAAGGGGCUCAGAGCAGGUUAACAAUAUACUGGAAUAAAGAUUUUGUUGAGGCAAAUUUUGCUUUAGCUUAGGAGGCAGUGGCCAGUGCUGGCUUCCUGAUGCAUUGCCACUCUGCAUCACUGCAGCUCAGAGCAAUAGCAGCAAGGUAGACCCUCCUUAUUGGGGUGCUUUGUUAAUGUUAUGCACCACACACUUUCUCUUGGCCAUGUGUAAAAUGUAAGGUGUGAAUUAUUGAGAAUGUCAUGUUAAAGAUGGUUAUGAAAAUUAUGUGGCAGUUUAAUGUGUACCACAGCAAUGGAUGUUUUGUGUGACAUACUUUGGCUUCAGAGCAAAUCAACUACAUACUUAGUGUGAGGACUGCCAUCAGAUAGAAAUGCAGAAACUAUUAAUGGAUUUGCCUUCUUAUUCAAAAAUAAAUUUAAUUAACUGUAUUUGUGAAAAUACAUAGGAGGCAUGGCUCUUUAAAAAUUGAUGGGCAAUCUCUUUCCUGGCAGUAGUAGCUGGGAGGGAAUCUGUGUGAAGUGACGAGCAUAGAUCUGUCAUCAUCAUUGGUAUUACGUGACAAUUUCUACACUAUCAUUUAUAUGGAUGUGUCACUGGUUUUAUAUACAUACAUUUUCCUUCUUAUGAUGAGUUACAUUAAUAUAUAUAUAUAUAUAUAUAUAUAUAUAUAUAUAUAUAUAUAUAUAUAUAUAUAUAUAUAUAUAUAUAUAUAUAUAUGUAUGUAUGUAUAUAAAGAACAUCAAAAUUUGAAUUCUUCAAGGAUGCAUAUUUUGGUAGUUCACUAGCACAUGCACUCAGAUGACUCUUGGUGCUUAUGAUGCAUCAUAGCCUCACAGAUCCAGCCAGACUGCUCAUGUGAAGCACCUGUCACUACAGGAGACUACCAUACAUAUUCCUCUCAUUGCAUCAAUUUUUUAUGAAAAAAAAACUCUGGUGUACAGGAGCUCAUUACACGAGUAAACACUGACCAUCUCAAUAUUAAAAACCUUGUAUGCCCUGGGUGGCAGGCCUUUGUCUACACACUUGGUACUAUGCUGCUGGAGAAGUGCCAAACACUGACAAGAAUGCACUUGAACUUUUAUGUGUAUGUAAUGUUUUAUUCACAAAAAAUACUGUAAUAGUGAUAAGCAGUUUCAUGCGUUCUAGUCUUGGGCAAGUUAGGCGUGAAAAAUAACAUUACAAUUAGGUCAUUCUUUACAGGUACAGCUCCUCAGCAGAAAUACUCGGUAAAAUUAGUUCAUGUGUUUAUGGGUGUUCAUUUCAGUGAUGUGAAGCACUCAAAUGGUUGGAGUCCUGUUGUGUUCCCUUAACAGCAUUGUUUUAAAGGUCUGGUGCAAAGACAUGUUUCUUUUCUAAGUGCUUCUGUUAUGCUUACCUCAGGAGCUUAAGACUCUGUACAUAGUGUGAAAUAAACUUGAAGCUUU